AUGGAGGGACUGGAGGUUAAAGGGGAGGAACAGCGUGAAAGAGCCACGCCACGCCGGAGCCACGCCACGCCACCCCAGAGCCACGCCACAGUCACGCCAAGCCAGAGCCACGCCACGCCAGUCACACCAAGCCAGAGCCACGCCACAGUCACGCCAAGCCAGAGCCAAGCCACGCCAAGCCAAGCCAAGCCAGAGCCAAGCCACGCCACGCCAAGCCAGAGCCAAGCCACGCCACGCCACGCCACGCCAGAGCCACGCCACGCCAGUCACAUCAAGCCAGAGCCACGCCACGCCAAGCCAGCGCCAAGCCACGCCACGCCACGCCAGAGCCACGCCACGCCACGCCAAGCCAGUCACAUCAAGCCACACGCCACGCCAGAGCCACGCAACGCCAGUCACAUCAAGCCAGAGCCAAGCCACGCCACGCCAGCGCCAAGCCACGCCACGCCACGCCACAGCCACGCCACACCACAGCCACACGCCACGCCAGAGCCACGCCACACCAGCCACACGCCACGCCAAACCACGCCACACCACAGCCACACGCCACGCCAGAGCCACCACCACAGCCACACGCCACGCCAAGCGCCAGAGCCACGCCACACCACAGCCACCCGCCACGCCAGAAGCCACGCCACACCACAGCCACACGCCACGCGAGAGCCACGCAACUCCACAGCCACGCCAGAGCCACGCUACACCACAGCCACACGCCACGCCAGAGCCACGCCACCACAGCCACACGCCACGCCAGAGCCCCGCCACACCACAGCCACACGCCACGCCAGAGCCACGCCACACCACAGCCACACGUCACGCCAGAGCCACGCCAAGCCAGAGCCACGCCACAUAACAGCCACACGCCACGCCAGAGCCACGCCAAGCCAGAGCCACGCCACACCACAGCCACACGCCACGCCAGAGCCACGCUACGCCACAGCCACGCCAAGCCAGAGCCACGCCACGCUACACCACAGCCACACCAGAGCCACGCCAAGCCAGAGCUACGCCACACCACAGUCACGCCAACCUCGCCACGCCACACCACAGCCACGCCAGAGCCACGAUCUCCUGCCCUCCUCCCUCUCCGACACCAGCAGCGGCUCCAGUCCAAAUGACGCCUUCCUGAGCUGCUGA